AUGAGCAGUUACUUUUCGCUCACGGUGAAAAGGCAAACCGUCCACUUGUCGCCUACGCAAUCCAUAGGAAUCGAAGGCGGGGGCAACACUACCGAGAUGGCGGGAAACGAUAGCUGCAGUGGGAGACCGGCGGUACUUUCGCUGUCCAUGUCGUUGGAUGAUGCCGAGGAUGGCGCAAGUGCUGAACGUGAUGACGAAUCGACGGCAGCAUCCACAACCAAGCCGAGCGAAUUUCACGCCGCGGAAGAGAUAUGGCUCCUGCUAAGCCUCUCUUUCCCAUCCGUAGCGAUCCAAUUUAGCAUGUUCUUUCUGUUUCCACAAGCAGCGUCAAUUGUUGGACGCGUCCUCGGUACGGAAGAGCUCGCCGGAUUUUCCUUGGGAAGUCUGGUGGGGAAUUUGACUUGCCUUUCUAUAGUAGUCGGUACUCUUUCAGCCGCGGAUACUUUGAUGCCUCGUGCAUAUGGAAGAGGCGACUAUCCAGAGGUAGGGCGUCUGGCGAUCCGCAGUGUUGCGGCUUGUGCUGUACUGUUGCUUCCGCCGAUCAUUCCACUUUGUACAGUCGUGGUAAGGGUAUUGAUCUCCAUCGGGCAAGAUUCGACUGCAGCCGCCCUGGCUUCGUCUUGGAUUCCUCUGUAUCUAAUCGGCGUCCCCGCCAACGUAAUCUUUCGAGUAAUUCAGCGAUUUCUUGUUGCUCAGCAUCGACCUUGGCCGCCAGUCUAUGCCAGUGUGAUUCCGUGCGUGUUUGUUCAACCUGGACUUCUCCGAGUCCUGAUUCCAAGAAUGGGGCUACAGGGCUCAGCACUUGCAAUUGCAUCAACUCAGUGGAUUAUGCUUUUACUCUUAGUUCUUCACCUACGCUGUUGGCCUUCCUACAGGCCCGAAACCUGGCCAGGAUUUUCUAUAGCCUUUGUCAAAGAGGCGUUAUCCCCUGUCCCAUUUCUGGAAUUUUUGCAUUUGAGUUUCGGCGGUGUGCUUUCGCUGAGCGAAUGGUGGUUUUGGGAAGCCAUGUGUUUUGUGGCAGGAUCGUUUGGAAUGGUUGAACUUUGCGCGCAUACGAUCGCUUACAAUGUCAUACCUUUGAUGUUCAUGAUCCCUCUCGGCACAAGCAUUGGUCUAUCCGUACGAAUUGGAAACGUCCUUGGGGACGAUCCUCUUAAAGCAAAAAAGAUUGCUGCGUGGACCGUGUUCUUUAUUGCUAUUUUUGGUGCAAUCGCUGCUGUUGGUCUUUGGAUAUUCAAGUACAGCGUAAUUGGUAUGUUUACGUCUGAUCCUUCCGUGGUUGAAGAAUCCUUACGUAUUUGGGGGAAAGUGUGCUACUAUAUCUUCAACUUCUACAUUUUUGGUAUCAAUUGCGCAAUCCUCCGCUGUGAGUAA